AAGAAAAAGAAAGGUUGAAACUUUAUGUAUUGGUUUUUCAGAUCUAAAAGCCAUAGUACACACAUUACUUAUGGCUGAUUUCCAAGAGCACUUGUUCCUUAUUAUCUUAUGGCUGAUUUCUACCAUCUUAAUUCUGGUGUUAUGUAAAUUUACUGGUUCUAAGCAUCGAUUUCCACCGACCCCAUUUGCCCUUCCCAUUAUAGGCCAUCUGCACCUUCUUGGCCCGAUACCUCACCAAGCUUUUCACAAGAUUUCUCUCCGAUAUGGAGGAGUUUUCCGCCUCUUUCUAGGCUCUGUACCUUGCGUUGUCGUUUGUUCACCAGAAAUGGCAAAAGAAUUCCUUAAAACAAAUGAAAAUGCCUUUCUUGAUAGACCUCAAAACUCGGCUGUAGCUUACUUAAGUUACGGGUCAAAAGACUUUGCUUUUGCUCCAUAUGGAUCUUAUUGGAAGUUCAUGAAGAAAAUAGUCAUGUCACAGCUCUUAAAUGGUACUACACUUGACUUGCUUCUUCCAGUUAGGCGCGAUGAGAUUAAUCGUUUUAUGAAAUCAUUAUCUAAAAAUUCCAAAGUUGGGAAAUCGGUGGAUCUUGAUAAGGAGCUUGUGAGGAUGUCAAACAAUGUGAUAUCAAGAAUGCUUAUGAGUGAAAGGUGUUCAGAUAAUGUAGAUGAUGCAGGGGAAAUGAAUCAAUUGGUUACUGAGAUAGCAGAGAUUACGGGUAAAUUUAACAUAUCAGACUACAUUUGGUUCCUUAAGAAUCUAGAUUUGCAAGGAUUUGGGAAAAAGAUGAAGGAUAUUCAUAGAAGAUUCGACCAACUGAUAGAAAGGAUCAUUAAAGAACAUGAAGAGGCAAGAAAGUUGGAUUCAGGGGCAUCAUCCAAGGACUUGCUUGACAUUUUACUCGAUGUUGCAGAAGAUACGAGCAUGGAGAUUAAGUUGACUAGAGAGAACAUUAAGGCCUUCAUUUUGGAUAUGAUAAUUGCAGGAACAGAUACUUCCGCAAUUACAGUAGAAUGGGCUUUAGCAGAACUUAUCAACCAUCCAAACAUAAUGAGAAGAGCGGUGGAAGAAAUUGAUCAAGUUGUAGGCAAAACCCGACUUUUACAAGAGUCUGACAUACCAAACCUUCCCUACCUCCAAUUGAUUGUCAAGGAAACUCUACGGCUCCAUUCCACGGGCCCAAUUAUUUUUAGGCAAUCAACAGAAGACUGCAUAGUAGGAGGUUACCAUAUUCCUGCAUCCACUGCUGUUUUUGUAAACGUUUGGGCCCUCGGUAGAGACCCAAACCAUUGGGAAAAACCACUUGAAUUCUGGCCCGAAAGAUUCAAAGAAAACAACUUGGAUGUGAGGGGACAACAUUUUCACUUGUUACCGUUUGGUAGUGGCAGGAGAAUGUGUCCUGGGACGUCACUAGCGUUGCAGGUGAUACACACAACGCUUGGUGCCAUGAUUCAGUGUUUUGACUGGAAGGGUGAGAAAGACGGAAAUCUUACUAGUGUUGACAUGGAAGAGGGAGUUGGGAUCACUCUUCCUAGAGCAAACCCUUUGGUUUGUAUUCCUGUGGCUCGGCUUAAUCCAAUUCCAUUCUUAGUGUAACAUGUCAUGGAUCAAGUUCGGUUCGUAUAAGUCUUUCAUGUUGCAAAGGUCUAGCUUCCAUUGUUUGUGUAAUAAAAAAUGAUCGAGGUUCCAAAUAUAAAGCUUUAAGAAUUAAGAUAUUCAUGUAAAGAGAAUGAAAACACAUUGUAAAAUCAAAAUAAGAGAGAAUGUAGAAGACAUAUGUUAGAUUUAUAUCAA